AUGAAUGCCAGUGUCAAUCAAUUAAUCCCUGUUGAUACCCAAUUUUCUCCGUUGUCGCGGAUGGGGCCGCACGGCUUGCAUGAGUCUGAGUCCAAAAUAUGCACAAUCAUGCAGACAUACAAACUGCAUGCACACAAGACACUUGCCCUACACCGGUUGUUUUCCAGAUGCCUGUCCAUGCAUCACAUCCUUGUGCGUCAUCUCCAGAAUCCCGACACAAAUCUGGACCUCAUGGUCACGGUCACUAUGCGUCUCGUCUCAUGUGGUCUCGCCUUCGCCAAGACCAAGGGCUAUCCGGCAGAUAUGACAAAGAGCUAUCCUCCAAAGAUGGCGUACGGAGCGGUUCCUGACGAGAACGGAAUGCUUGCUAUCCAUGGUUACAAUCGACAUAAUACAGUAUCUCCCUUGCCUCGCGGUCAGCGAUAUUCGUAA